AGAAUGGGUCGGGUGUCACAUGUCGCUUCCGGAGUUGUGCUGACAUCACGCCACGUGGAGCGCCGACACUGGCCGCACGCAUGAGCUUCCUGUCAGCUCCGGGAUCGCAGCUUUGCCGUGAGGGAUGUCUGGCUCCAAAAGUCCACAAGCCAACUUCUGCCCAUUUGUGAAAAUGCGCCUUUUGGGAAUUCCCUGGCCGUGGCGUUUUACAAAGCGCAAAAGCCAGAUCAUGAUUUACCGCAACAAAUGGCGCGAGCUGAAUCGUCCUCUUGGCAGAAGCUCUGCUCAGCUCUGCUGUGCUCUCCGGUGACGACACGACACGCACCUCCCAUCAAUGGCGACAAUCAUAACACGAGGUCAGCUGGCGCCAAAAGACGAAAGAUGACAUCACGGCAAACACCACCACGGUGUUUGGAAGUCGUCGGCGUGGCGCGUUGAGCAUGCAUCGGGCGAACAAUCAACUCAUCUUGACAGACAGAGACUUUCUGGUCCGACCAGCGCCGAAUCAUUGAAUUCUGUUUGGAUUUUGGAAACGGAUAGCGUCCACUAUUAUAUGUGCUGACCCAAUGUACAGAUGGUAUUGUAUUUCAAUGGAUUCCGAUUGCAAAGUACAAUCAAAGUCCAGAUUAGAAGUGGAAGAGAAGAGAAGUGGAAGAGAAGUGGAAGAGAAGUGGAAGAGAAGAGAAGUGGAAGAGAAGAGAAGUGGAAGAGAAGAGAAGUGGAAGAGAAGAGAAGUGGAAGAGAAGAGAAGUGGAAGAGAAGAGAAGAGAAGAGAAGAGAAGAGAAGAGAAGAGAAGAGAAGAGAAGAGAAGAGAAGACAAGAGAAGAGAAGAGAAGAGAAGAGAAGAGAAGAGAAGAGAAGAGAAGAGGAAGUGGAAGUGGAAGUGGAAGUGGAAGUGGAAGUGGAAGUGGAAGUGGAAGUGGAAGUGGAAGUGGAAGUGGAAGUGGAAGUGGAAGUGGAAGUGGAAGUGGAAGUGGAAGAAGAGGAAGAGGAAGAGGAAGAGGAAGAGGAAGAGGAAGAGAAGAGAAGAGAAGAGAAGAGAAGAGAAGAGAAGAGAAGAGAAGAGAAGAGAAGAGAAGAGAAGAGAAGAGAAGAGAAGAGAAGAGAAGAGAAGAGAAGAGAAGAGAAGGGAGCAAAGCAAGAAGAACAAUAUCAAGCCGCAAUGGAGUUUCAAAAAAAAAAAAAAACUCGGAAAGAACGAUGUGUUGGAAUGUUCUCUGUGUCGGGCCGGGUGGCUGGCUGGCUGGCUGGCCUGUCUGUCUGUCUGGCUGUCUUGGCGGCGUCUGCGCAUCUGCCAGCAGCAGGGCUUUAAUUAUGAGGCCCAGGCAGGUUAUGCACUCACUCGCUCACUCGGCACCUCCAAGCAACCAACACAGUGGCUCCUCACAGUUCCGCUGACUAACCAGCGGCACCAGACUUUGGCCUGCGGCCGGCUCCUUGAUUCCAGUAAACGUCCUCUUAUGCAACUCGGAACAAGUGGCAAACACUCUCCUGCUCCCCUUUUCUCCUUCCACUCUACACACGAGAGAGGGGGGGGGGGCACAAAGUGAGACGGCGUCCUGCUAUUGGGAAGGAACGGAGCAGGCAGGAAAUGGGCUGAGCUCCUCGCCUGAGAAACACAGCUGCCCCUUCUGUCCUGGGGCCAUGCCAAGCUCGGACAGGGGUGAUGUCAGUCGGUCCGGUCCGUGCGUGCGUGCGUGUGCGCGCGGGCGGGCGGGAGAGAGAAACAGGAGCGCUGCUGUUCUGUCCAAUCCCUGAAUCGUCCCACUAAUACACAUUCAGACUAUGAGCUUGUUUGGGAACGGCGACGAGCAAAUCAGCUUGGGAGAGCGCUGGAGACUCGAAUGCCUUCAUUCUUAGCUCCAAGCUGACAGACAUUGCUGCCAAUGCCGGCCGGGGACACAAACCUGCUUUGGCUUCACCGGUUUUGGCUUCUUUUUUGUGUGAAACCUUUCGAGCCUGCCGACUUUCUAUUUACACCAAAGCUGAGCUGAUGUUUGAUUUUUGCAUUCGGUUCCCUUCCCGACCGUGAAAGCAAGUCCACCGGUGGCGACCGACCUGAUUUGGGUUGUGACGCUCGCCGAGCAAAGUCAGCGGGUGCGCUGCGAUAACGAUCAACCCGUGAACCGGCUCGGACCGCCGUGUCGGUUCUCCAGUUUGUUUUGAGGCGUGGGCGGGAGUGUUUACCGCAAGUGGCGUGAGGAAUGCCGGGUCGAGAGUGCGGCGUGUACAGAGGGAACUCGUAUCGAUCUACGCACCGACAUCAAAGUGCGGUAAAUAUUUGCGCAGUGACACACGAGGGAUGCAAAAACACUCAU